AUGAGGCUCUGGAAAUCUACAGUGUUGUUAGGUCUGCUAGGAAGCAGGGGAGUAGUAAGAAGUAUGUGUGCUCAGGGGGAAGACUACAAGAGUGCAAAAUCAAUCUACGAAUUCUCUGCCAAGGAUAAUGAUGGCGUGGAGCAGUCUCUUGAUAAAUACAGAGGUAAUGUUUGCAUCAUUGUAAAUGUAGCCUCUAAAUGAGGGAAAACCAAGGUAAACUACACUCAGCUAGCGGAAAUGCACGUCGCCAAAGCUGGGGAAGGUUUACGCAUCAUGGGCUUCCCAUGCAACCAAUUUGGAGGACAGGAGCCAGGAACUGAUGCAGAGAUUAAAGAAUUUGCCAAAGGUUACAAAGCUGAGUUUGACCUCUUCAGUAAGAUUGACGUGAAUGGAGACAAUGCUCACCCUCUGUGGAAGUGGAUGAAGGAACAGCCCAAAGGCAAGGGAAGCUUUGGAAAUGGUAUCAAAUGGAACUUCACAAAGUUUCUGAUAAAUAAAGAGGGACAAGUGGUGAAGCGAUACGGGCCAACAGAUGAUCCCAAUGUGAUUCUGAAGGACCUCCCUUCAUACCUGUAAUACUACUGUCUCCUAUGUCUUUGUUUGACUUCUGACCUCUCCCAUGGACUUCAGGGUAUUGGUGUGAGUGUAGGUCUGGACCAGUGACGGCCUGUCUGUAAACCCAACACUGGGGAGGGCAGGCCUGAUGAUCUCUAGCGUGCAACUAACCACCAGAACACACUCAGGCCAGACCAUGGGACCAUAUGAGAGGACAUUCAUUAGUUAUGCAAAGUAGAGACCCUUCACAUCUUACUUCAAAUUCAGCCAUUUCUCUUUCCAAUACAAAUACUAUUUCACCCUUUCUUUAUGUUAAGUGCUAAGUUUGUUCAUGUGUAAAUGUCUGUCUGAUGUAAGGACAUAAGAUGUCAUUUAUUUCACAGAUUUCUGAAAAGCUACUGAUAUUAUUUGCACUUCUCUUGCCGAAGGGCCCACCAUUGUAUCUGUAACUCAUGACUUAUCAUGCGAUGAAAUUGGAAAAUAAAUGCUGUCCUCUACCUUAAUUUGUCAAUUUAUAUAUGAACCUAUUAAAAUUGUUAUUUUGAGCUAUA